AAGCUAUUGACGAUCAAAAUAAUGAUGAAGAACAGUUCCAAAUUCAAGUAUCCGAAAAUGACGAAAAACAUGUGCUUGUUAAUACACGAAUUGAUUAUCAAUAUCGGUCAGAAAUUCUGAACAACAUAUGUCUAUAUGAUUUUGUCAGUAUCUUAUACAAGAAGAAGAUGAAUGCAGCAGAUUUGAGAUAUUUAUCGGACAUUGUAGUACCUAAAAAACAAAACGAUAAUCGAAAAGGUCGACGUCCUAAUGAACGCUAUUCUUUUCAGAAACAGCAUCCACAGGCGACAACAUAUGUUAUGAUGAAAUAUACUCAAUCUCGUGUACCUAUUCUUUAUGGUCCUCAAAUUCCUCGACAAGAUCGUGAUGACACACGAGAACGGUACUGUCGAGCUCUUCUAACACUUUUUGUGCCCUGGCGUUCCGUAGCUGAUCUUUGUACCAUCGAACAGACAUGGGAAGAUGCAUUUAAAUCUCAACAGCAUCUUAUAUCCACAUAUUCGAUGACAAUCAUAGAAAAUAUUCAACUUUUACAUGAAUGCAAAAAGGAUCGUGAUGAACAUUUACUUCAAGUUAUUGCCGAAGCUCAAACUGAUGAUGAUGUGAUUGAUCCUGUAUUUUUACCACCAAAUCAAGAUAUUUAUGGUGACGAUGCAAUCGACGACAAUGAAGAUUUACUUGAGUUACUCGGUAGUUUAGACGAAUAUACUACGACUGCGAUGAAUUCCAUGAAAAAGUCAACAGAAAGCAAAUACAUUGAAGAAACUAUUCAAGUGGUUGAAAACGUUGGACGAUUUUCUGAUAUACAAUCACAUACUCGUCAUCUUUUUAAUGAAGCUGUUGGUGGUAUGGAUCAACAAAUUGUGCCGUUCGUUUCGGCUACACCUAAUCUCCUUCGGCUCAAUACAAAAUGGCAAGAACAACUAAAGACUGAGAAAGAAAGAGUUAGA